CAGUGGACACCACUCCCCCUUGUGGUUAAUGUGUUAGUCACAACAAUCCCUUCAGUUCCUUGUUUUGAAAUACAGAAGUUGGGCAGCGUGUGAAGGAGUCUUUGGUUUCGCAUAUUCAAAUGUCACCAUCUCAAGGACAGUUAUUGUUCAGUAUUCACCAUGAAGCUACAGAUUUGUCUCUUACUCGGCGUGACAGUUUUCUGCGUGUCGGCAGCUGAUUUCUCUCCUCCAGUGGUCAACAUCAGUCUGGACGUGCCUGCCAAUCAGAGAUGGGCUCCUCUGAAGAACCUCUAUGACAUCGAUUUCUUAAGAAAAGCUGCAUCUGAAGUUAUCGACUCAACUGUUCCCAAAUGGGUUCAUGAAGCAGUUAAACCUAUAGUGAAGGCUCUGGAGAAAUACAUCCCACAGCCCUAUGCUGGUGAAAUACAGGGCAUGGCAGCCUUCUAUGGCACUGACAUUUCAGAUGUUGUGCUGUUGAACUUUGCCUAUGAAGUAUCUGCCUUUUGCACCAGCAUUGUAACUCAGGAUACAAAGGGCAAUAUAUACCAUGGCAGAAACCUGGAUUAUCCGCACGAUGUGCUCAGAAAUCUUACUCUAGACGUAGUUUUUAUUAAAAAUGGACAGGUGGCAUAUAGAGGAACCACUUUUGCUGGUUAUGUUGGGCUGUGGACAGGACAGAGCCCUAACAAGUUUACAGUGUCUGGCAACAAACGCAACAAGGGACAUUGGUGGGAGAAUAUAAUUUCAGCAGUUUUAUUAAAAAGUUCUCCGGUUAGCUGGCUAGUGCGAGAGACUCUUGAAGCAGCUGUGGAUUUCCAGGAUGCAGUGGUGAGACUGGCCAAGGUGCCGAUCAUCACAGAUGUUUAUUACAUUUUGGGUGGUGUUCAUGCUGGUGAGGGUGUGGUCAUCACUAGAGACCGGAGCGGAUCAGCUGACAUCUGGCCUCUGGAUCCACUAUAUGGAAACUGGUAUAGAGUUGAAACCAAUUAUGACCACUGGCUACCUGCUCCUAAAAAAGAUGACCGAAGAGAUGCGGCCAUGAAAGCAUUGAAUGUCACUGGUCAAAACAACAUUAGGAUGGAUUCUUUGUAUAAGGUUUUAUCCGUGAAUCCAGUAUGUAAUCGAAUCACUGUUUAUACAACCGUCAUGAGUGCGGCCACUCCUGAGAAGUACACAACAGUUGUCAGAAAUAAGUGCAUGUGAUGGAGUGAGCCGUUCUCUUAAACCAGCUCAUCUAGAAUUUUCACCCAGCUUAGUUCUGAAAUACCCAACAAAUUUUGCUUCUCUUCUUCAGUGGAAAUGAGUCUUUUUUUAA